CUCAAGGCCGCAAAAACAAUCUGUUCAUUAACGACUGACUAGCAGACCAUGGGUAGAACUUAAUCAGGCCCUCCAUCCUUCUCCGACCUCCUUUUGAUCUCGAUUUAUCUUCUCCCACUCCUUUCUCCCUCACGAUCUGCUUUUUUAUCCUCCCUGAAUCGACUCGACGCCUGCCUCUUGCCUUCGGCCCCUCUCCAGAUUGCGCCCGGCGUCUGUUACGUCAGCCUUGCGGCCAUGGCAUACAACCAGUCCUACAACCCCGAUGCGCUGCCAGCACAUGCAGAGCCGGAACAGGUAGCGCAAAUGCUCGGUGCCAUGCAAUCGAACAGCGCACAUCAGCAGAAGCAUCCUCGCCCGCCGCCGCAUACUUCCUCUAGCGGUGUCCCCCCUCGAGUGCCAGUUUCUAAUGCUGGCAACCCACACCCCCAGCGAUACGGCGCGCCUGUCCAGGCCCCGCACGGCAUACAGUCACCCGCAAACGUCCCUCCGGCGAGCCAACAACGCCCCCAUCCGCUACAUCCCUCUCCUCCUCCCCAGAACUACGGUUUCGGGCCUCCUCCUACCCAGCCGGUGCGCAAUCGUCCGCCGGCGUCGCGCCCGCCGCAAUCGCCACACCCUGCCGUGAUGGCGGUCCCCGACGAUGAUCCGCAACAGCUGUUCCCCCUGUUCCGCGCUGCAAACACCUCGCACUCGGGAUCGCUCACGGAGAUGGAGCUGGGCUCUGCUCUGGUGAACGGGGACUUCACCUCGUUCCACCCCAACACGGUGAAGAUGAUGAUCCGCAUGUUUGACCGGAACAACAGCGGGACGAUCUCGUUUGACGAGUUUGUGGCGCUGUGGCGCUACCUCGCGGCAUGGCGGGAGCUCUUCGACCGGUUUGACCAAGAUCGCAGCGGGCGCAUCAGCCUAUAUGAAUUUGAGAAUGCAUUAGUGGCCUUUGGGUACCGCCUAAGCCAGCCCUUUGUGAUGGUGCUGUUCAGAACGUUCGAGAACAAAGGGCGGCAGAUGAAUGGACAUGCACAUGGGCCAGCGAAGCAGGGCAUGAGCUUUGAUCUUUUUGUGCAGGCGUGCAUUAGUCUGCGGCGGAUGACCGAUGUGUUUAAGCGGUAUGACGAUGAUCGCGAUGGCUAUAUUACGGUGAGCUUUGAGGAGUUUUUGACCGAAAUCCUUCAACUUCAGGACUAGAGGGGAUAUCAUUGAUUUGAUGGAUAUUGUGGGGUGCCUCCAUAACUAUAAUGUACAUUAUACCCUUCGUUCUCAUAGCAUCUUUCGCAGGCCGGUGGUUCCAUAGCGGGAAAGUAUGACAGGUGGU